AUGAAGUACCAGCAUUUCUCUUCUAUAGCCCUCGCUGCCUUGAGCGCGAGCACUUUUGUGUCUGCGGCCCCUCUCGCACCUGAGGAGAAUGGAUCUUGUCCGGCCGGGUACUCUCCGAGCGUGUACUAUAUCACGGUCACAGCGGAGCCGUCUUCUACCGUUCGACCAACUUCUUCAGCUCCAAUUUCUUCAACUCCAACGUCGACCUCAACCUCAACCUCGACUUCGGAGACAUCCCUGACCACGCUCGCAUCUACCUCUACGGGAGAUGUGACUGUAACCUCGAGCUCUACCGCAGGUCUCAUCGAGACCAUCCCAGCUGUAGUCGUCAAUGCAGCUACUAGCACUACUAGCGAGUCUGCAACUUCAACCUCAGCUCUGUCCAUUUCGGAGACUGCUCCAACUCAAGUAGCCGUCGCCCGGCCCAGCACUACGACCGCAGCCGAGAAAACUUCCAGCACAUCUACUUCUUCCUCAUCCAGCUCCACAAGUACAAACUCAGGCGCCACGACUGGCGAAGCAACCUUUUACGGCGGCAACCUCUCCGGCGGCACCUGCUCGUUCACGGACUACACUCUUCCCUCGCAUCUCUCCGGUGUCGCCUUCUCCGGACAGGCCUGGGACAACGCAGCCGAAUGCGGCGCCUGUAUUGCUGUCACCGGGCCAAACGGAAAUACAGUCAAGGUUAUGGUUGUCGACAAAUGUCCCGAAUGCGCCCAAACCCACCUUGACCUCUUCGAAUCAGCCUUCACUACCCUCGCUUCCGCCUCGGAAGGCCAAAUUCCGAUCUCAUACUCCAUCACCCCUUGCGGAAUAACCUCCCCACUCAUCCUGCGUAACAAGUCUGGCACAUCAGCAUACUGGUUUUCGAUGCAGGUGGUCAACGCAAACGGGGCGGUCAAGUCGCUUGAAGUAAGCACCGAUAACGGAAGCACAUGGCAAGAGACCACGCGGAGCGAUUACAACUUCUUUGAGAACAGCAGUGGGUUUGGAACCGACACGGUCGAUGUUCGGGUUACCGGGGUUGAUGGGGGCGUUAUCACUGUAAAGAAUGUGAGCGUGGCUUCUGGGGAGAGUGUGACGGCUGAUGGAAACUUCUGA